AAAGUACUGUCUCUUCUCUUCUUUGGAGUAGUACUUUAUUUUUGCAUCUCCACCACCUCCAUCUCCAAUGUUUUCUCUCCAUUCCAAAACUGCCAAUGUCUAUCACCAAACAUGAAUACCAUGGAUGUUCCAAAAGAUGAUCUUGAAGCAGCUCUGGAACAAGCUUCAAUGGGAAACAAGACAGUUAUAAUUGCUAUGAUAAACAAAGCUUAUGUUGAAGGAGACAGUCCUGAAAAGACGAUGCUGGAUGUGUUCUUGGAGGCUUUCUGGGUUGGAGAAGAUACAAUACCAUUGCUCAAUCACCUUCUCCUUGUUGCAGUUGAUCAAACAGCCUUUGACCGCUGCAAUUUUCGACGGCUUCACUGCUACAAACUUGUAACAAAUGGAGUUGAUUUCAGUGGAGAGGGGCUCUACAUGUCUGAUAUUUUUGUUAAGAUGAUGUGGACAAGAGUUCUCUUCCUUGGUGAUGUCCUCAGACAUGGUUACAGCUUUAUUUUCACGGAUACAGAUGUAAUGUGGUUGAGAAAUCCUUUCAAGAGGUUGAACUUAGAUGAAGGAAUGGACUUCCAGUUCAGCAGUGAUGGUUUCAAUGGCGACACAUGGUCACAAGAGAACCACGUCAACACUGGUUUCUACUUCGUCAGACCAAACAACAAGACCAUUGCUUUGUUCGACUCCUGGUAUAACAAGAAAAACAAUUCAAGAGGGAUGAAUGAACAGUAUGUGCUUGAGAAGAUGAAGAACGAGGGUGUGUUUAAACAGUUGGGGCUCAAAGUGAUGUUCAUGGACAUACUCUAUUUUAGCGGAUUCUGCAUUGAUAGCAGAGAUUUUAAUGUGGUGAUAACUGUCCAUGCGAAUUGUUGUCGUGGUGUAAAAGCCAAGGUGACUGACAUGACAGUGGCACUUCAAGAUUGGAAGAAGUUCAAGAGUUCCUCCGAUCGCUCAAUGACAUUUCAUUGGUCCAAUCACUCGGCAUGCAUCAACUCAUGGCAUGUUUAAAAGCAAUUAUGUUGAGUAUCUGUCAUGCACAAUAUU